GCCGGUAGGCCUGCGCGCGCGGCUGAGCGGAAGCUACGGUACCAGGCGGAGCGCGCGUGGUCAGCGGCUAUGGAGGGAGCAAAGCGUGCAGACGCCAAGGUACUCACUGACACCGGAACAGAGUCCAGCCCUCGAAGUCCAGUCUGCAGCCUCCGGCACUUCGCUUGUGAGCAAAACCUGCUGUCCCGGCCGGAUGGAUCUGCUUCUUUUCUGCAAGGCGACACCUCCGUCCUGGCUGGAGUCUACGGGCCUGCCGAGGUGAAGGUCAGCAAAGAAAUAUUCAACAAGGCCACCCUUGAAGUGAUCCUGAGGCCAAAGAUCGGGCUGCCCGGCGUGGCUGAGAAGAGCCGGGAACGGCUGAUCAGGAAUACAUGUGAAGCGGUGGUUCUAGGGGCCCUGCACCCCCGUACCUCCAUCACUGUGGUGCUGCAGGUGGUAAGCGACGCCGGCUCUCUCUUGGCCUGUUGCCUCAAUGCUGCCUGCAUGGCAUUGGUGGAUGCAGGUGUGCCCAUGCGAGCCCUCUUCUGUGGGGUCACCUGCGCCCUGGACUCUGAUGGAAAUCUCGUGCUGGACCCCACGACCAAGCAAGAAAAGGAGGCCCAGGCCAUCCUGACCUUUGCUCUGGACAGCGCAGAGCAGAAGCUGCUCAUGUCCACCACCAAGGGGCUCUAUUCUGACGCGGAGCUCCAGCAGUGUCUGGCUGCCGCCCAAGCCGCCUCCCAGCACAUCUUCCGCUUCUACCGGGAAUCACUGCAGAGGCGCUACUCCAAGAGCUGAGGCGAGCCAGGGUAGGGCGCCCCUCCCACCACGCCCAUCGCCUCCGGCCCGCCAGCCAGCGCUCCAGCGCCUCUGUCUGCCCGUGGAGCUUCCGGUCCUGCCUAAGCAGAGGCUCCUGUGCCAGGCUGGGGAGGGGGCUUAGGGACGUUCUAGGCCUGGGCACACACCCCCUUCAUCAGGAUACCAUUAAAAAGGGCUUGCCUGUG